AUGAAUUCCCUUGAGCAAUUCUUCCACAUCUUGUACCAUUACGACUUAGCUAAAGAGGAGCAUCGUAGACAGGGAAGAACCUCUCCUAUAGAAUCUCCUAUACUCACCAUGAGCUUUGAUUUUCCCGACGUUGACCCACCAAUCGUAAAUGCACCACUGUUUGUAGAAGUGAAAGUACUUGUCCUUCAUCUUCGAACUCAACUAUCAGCAAUGAUACGAUCAUGUCGCCUUCCAAAGCACGUAGAGUACAGUGAAGCGGGAUUAACAGCAAAUACUGAAAGUAACGAUGACAUGAAGACAAAUGAAACCCAUUCCAUUCCUUUCGAAAUGGUUUCCACUCAAACGCCACCUAUUAGAUUAUAUCACAAUCCAAAGCACGUGGAGUACAGUGAAGCGGGAUCAACAACAAAAACUGAAAGUAACGACGACAUCGAGACAAAUGAAAGCAAUUCCAUUCCUUUCGAAAUGGUUUCCACUCAAACGCCACCUAUUAGAUUGUAUCACCAUCCAAAGCACGUAGAAUACAGUGAAGCGGGAUUAACAACAAAUAUUGAAAGUAACGACGACAUGGAGACAAAUGAAAGCAAUUCCAUUCCUUUCGAAAUGGUUUCCACCCAAACGCCACCUAUUAGAUCAUGUCACCAUCCAAAGCACUUGGAGUACAGUAAAGCGGGAUUAACAACAAAUACAUUUGUUAAGAUAACGAGAAACCUUGCGAAUAUAGUUGGGAUUGACCGUGGUUUGAUGGUUUGCAGAGGAUGCAUGAGGCAAAUUCAUCACGACCCUGAGUACACCUCCCAUCGGGAUUAUAUUGCUCCAAAGAAGGCAAAAAAAGAACACGUGUUAAAUAAUCUUAAGAUUGAGAUGGUAGGAUUUAAUCAAUCUGAGACAAAAGAAACUUCAGAACUGUAA